CCCAUUUCGUUCUGUUUGCUUCCGUUUAAGAAUGUUUUUCAACAGAAUCCGCGUAAUGAAUAGGUCCCUGAGCUCUCUAGGUGUAGCUAAAUCAUUCGCUCUGCAACCCCGCUUUCUCUGGACAGCGUGGGAAAUUGGCCCAAUUACUGUAAUGUAAAACAAUGAGCAUGUCAAUUGUGUUUGACCUAUUCUAUUGAAUGUUUCUCAUGAAAUGUGUUACUAGCUGGUCCAUUGCCAAAUUCGAGUUUGACGUUCCCAUAUCGAAUCCCAGGACAACAGUAACGUCCAACGAUGGCUGACAAAGUGAAGGUAUUCUGUAUCAUGUUCAACAAUGAAGACAAGCGUGAAUACAGUCCUGGUGAAGUUCUCUCUGGACACGUUGUGGUCGAGGUGUCGACGGGUGUGUCAGUACAAAUCAAAGCUGUCAAAAUAUCGACUAGAGGAUGUGCCCAGGUCUGUUGGGGUGAAGGGACUCGAAAAGCAUCAUCACCGAGCAGUGCUGUUAUAGCAAACACAUCAUCUCAGUGUGAGCAGGUGGAAUACUUCUGCAUAUCUCAAACUCUCAAAGAAACAUCAGAUGGUGAGGAAUUCAUCAGUCUUGAUGAAGGGCAUUAUGAGUUCCCCUUUCAUGUGGAGCUCACUCAAACGCCCCUUGUUACCUCUUUUAAGGGGAAGUAUGGGAGUGUUUGCUAUGAGGUGACAGCUGUAUUACAGAGGCCCUUGAAUCAAGAUCAAACUGUCAACAGAGAAUUCUCUGUUAUCAGCCAUGUUGAUGUCAAUUCCCCAUGGUUACUGUCCUCUGUGUCUACAAACAACAAGAAGAUGAUUGGCUGUUGGAUUUUUACCUCAGGCCCCAUCUCUCUGAAUGUCAAUAUCAACAGAAGGGGCUACUGUAACGGAGAGUCAAUCCCCAUCUAUGCUGUGAUUGAAAACUUUUCUUCUCGACUCAUCGUGCCUAAAGCAGCUAUCUACCAAAUACAGACCUUCAUGGCAAAUGGCAAAACAAAAAGUCAUACAAAGUUGGUUGCCAGUGUGAGGGGUAACCACAUUCCAUCAGGCUGCACAGACACCUGGAAUGGAAAAACACUGAAGAUCCCACUUGUCUCUGCCUCAAUUCUCAACUCUUCAGUCAUCAGAGUGGAAUACUCCCUGGUCAUGGCACAGAUACCAGGUGCUAAGAAACUCAAGGUGGAGCUUCCCAUUGUGAUUGGCAGUAUACCAUACAAUGGCCUUGAAAGCAGAAGCUCCAGCUUGAGCAGUCACUUCAGCAUGGACAUGAGCUGGCUUGCACUGGCGCUUCCUGAAGUGCCUGAAGCCCCCCCUAACUAUGCAGAUGUGGUGUCUGAGGAAGAGUUUGAACUGCACAGCCCCUCUUACUCUCAGUCCGAGGAGUUAGAGAGACAGCUUGGUGGACCAGCCUUUGUUUACAUCCAGGAGUUCAGGUUCCAGCCUCCACCACUGUACUCUGAGGUUAAUUCCCACCCAGUCCAUAGUUAGGCUAAAUGUUGAGCCUCGACAUCAUCUGUUAAAGAACCAAAGUGAUGCCGUCAAAUUGCAAUGUUGCACAAUAUUUAUAUUGUGGUGGAAAGAGUGUAAUAUAGAGUGAUCAAGUCGUGAACUAAUUAAACGUUGGAUUUAAAGCAGAUUAACAGUAUUGUUUUGAAUGAUUAUAUACUAGGCUGUGUUGAGAAACGGAGCCUACUCUUUACAUGACUAUUAUUAGAAAUGGAAUUACUGCACAGCACAUUGUUGUAGCAGGUAGGUGCAACAUAAUAUAAGAUAACACCUUAUCUACUGUAUAUAAUGUAAAGCACUUUGAAAGCUACUGAAACCGAUUUUGUCGUUGAAAUCUACAAUAGAUUUAUUCCUGUAUGUCAUGAAUCCUUUCCUGUUCAGGGUGUAUAAUAUAACAUGGCCAUUAUUUUUGAUGCAUUGUAACUAAAACGUUGAAAAUGUCUGAGAUGUCUGAGCAGAAAGAGUAAUAUGCUUUGAUAGUUCAAAAGUUACGCAACGGUAUUAAUUCCAGGUGGAUAUUUUGACCUUGGAGUUGUUCCUUCUCAGAAUAUAUUGCCUUAUCUGAAAUGUAACUGAUGUUGAGUUUACAUGGUUGGUUUUGAAUUGUGAGUGCCUAGGGAAAACCUUGGAUCAUGCAGUGUUAUGAAUGUUUAUCAGGUACAGACGUAUGUACAGUGCCUUGGGAAAGUAUUCGGCCCCCUUGAACUUUGCGACCCUUUGCCACAUUUCAGGCUUCAAACAUAAAGAUAUAAAACAAUUUUUUUGUGAAGAAUCAACAACAAGUGGGACACAAUCAUGAAGUGGAAUGACGUUUAUUGGAUAUUUCAAUUUUUUUUAACAAAUCAAAAACUGAAAAAUUGGGUGUGCAAAAUUAUUCAGCCUCCUUAAGUUAAUACUUUGUAGCGCCACCUUUUGCUGCUAUUACAGCUGUAAGUCGCUUGGGGUAUGUCUCUAUCAGUUUUGCACAUCGAGAGACUGAAAUUUUUUCCCAUUCCUCCUUGCAAAACAGCUCGAGCUCAGUGAGGUUGGAUGGAGAGCAUUUGUGAAGAGAGCAGUUUUCAGUUCUUUCCACAGAUUCUAGAUUGGAUUCAGGUCUGGACUUUGACUUGGCCAUUCUAACACCUGGAUAUGUUUAUUUUUGAACCAUUCCAUUGUAGAUUUUGCUUUUUGUUUUGGAUCAUUGUCUUGUUGGAAGACAAAUCUCCGUCCCAGUCUCAGGUCUUUUGCAGACUCCAUCAGGUUUUCUUCCAGAAUGGUCCUGUAUUUGGCUCCAUCCAUCUUCCCAUCAAUUUUAACCAUCUUCCCUGUCCCUGCUGAAGAAAAGCAGGCCCAAACCAUGAUGCUGCCACCACCAUGUUUGACAGUGGGGAUGAUGUGUUCAGGGUGAUGAGCUGUGUUGCUUUUACGCCAAACAUAACAUUUUGCAUUGUUGCCAAAAAGUUCAAUUUUGGUUUCAUCUGACCAGAGCACCUUCUUCCACAUGUUUGUUGUGUCUCCCAGGUGGCUUGUGGCAAACUUUAAACAACACUUUUAAUGGAUAUCAUUAAGAAAUGUCUUUCUUCUUGCCACUCUUCCAUAAAGGCCAGAUUUGUGCAAUAUACGACUGAUUGUUGUCCUAUGGACAGAGUCUCCCACCUCAGCUGUAGAUCUCUGCAGUUCAUCCAGAGUGAUCAUGGGCCUCUUGGCUGCAUCUCUGAUCAGUCUUCUC